AUGCCACCCUCUCUCUCGCUCUUGUCGGAUACCAAGGAGAAUAUCAAUUCACUGCAGGAACCUCAAGAGCAGGCUGUCAGCACUAGGAAGAUUCCACGGAAUGCAAAGUGGAUUUCGGGAGAUGAUGCAACACUCCUCGACUCUCUCAAGACUUUUGCUGAUGGAAACUCGGCUGAUAAUGGCACCUUCAAGUCUGCAGCAUUUACAGCUGCAGCAAAGGCCCUCAAAGACAGCCACAAAACCAGUGGGGGUGCUCCGAAAACUGCAAAAAGUUGCUCGCAUUGUUGGGCCACUUUGAAGGCCAACUGUCUCAUUGUCCAAAAACUGAAGAUUGUCAUUGCCAGUGACAAAGUGUGGGAUGAUUACCUCAAGGCCCAUCCCGAAGCCAAGGUUUGGCAUUUGACACCAUUCCCCCUCUAUGAUGACAUCAUUGUGCUCGUGGAUGGGUGUCAUGCCACGGGUGAAGGGGCACUGCAUUUUAAUAGUCUUGGGUAUGAGACAAGCCCUCCAUGGCCAAGCACACUUCUCCUCGAUGAUGAAGAUGAUGUCUUUGUAGGUGAGGAUGCACUUGGAGGGAAUCACGAGUCUGAAUCAGCUGAUGAGAAAGUGUUGACACCUAUUUCUCACACUCCAUGUGUUCCGAAACGCGGACGUGCUCCUUCAGUAUCACCAGCUUCAACCGGAGUCCAUAAAAAAUGUUCCAAUACAAAGCUGACUGGUCCAGCAGCAAUUCUCGGAGUAGCUGAUGCUCUCGAGUCUGUUGCUACGUCGUUCACUGCUCCUACUAGUUUUCUUGAUGAUGUUCCCAGUACUCUGAAAUGGCGUAUCAAUGCCAUCCAGGCUGUUUGUGCUGAUGCAUCCUUAUCUUCUGACAAACAUGCCAAGGUUGUUGCUCUAUUUACCAAGGAUGUAGCUAUUGCAGAUGCCUACACUGCCAUUUCAGAUGUCCCUCUCCGUUCUAUGUACAUUCAUCUUGAACUUGGAAAAAUGUAG